GUAGACAGGAAGUUCAACAAGAUCAUCAACAACAACAAGAAGUUAUUACCGGUUAUAACCAAUAUCACGAGCAACAAUCGUCUCAGCAGCAACAAUUUUGGGUCAAUCAACAGCAACAACCAUGGAAUGAAUCCUCUCUAAGUUCUUUAGAUCAAUUCCAACAGCAUCAAAUCCCCGAACAACAAGACACUGGUGUUCGGCCGCAAGAAAAUGAUUAUUGGAGCAACCAACAAGCUCAAAAUGAGCCAACGGAUGAGGUGGAAAAACCCAAGGAAAAUGUAAGUAACAAGCAUGACGUGCCUGUUCUGCCUCAAUGUGAUGAGAAUAAUUUUGGAUCUUCUUCGACGAGCGUACGAAAAAGAACGGUGACGUUACAAAAAAAAUCCCGUUCGAAUUCAUUAAAACCCGACAGUUUUUAUAACGAGAAAAUGCCUCCGAUUGAUUGUUUAAAUAAUUUAAAGCAACCGAAGUCGUUGAUUAAACGGUCACCGAAAUCAAAAAUCUUUCCAAUCUUUAAAAAUAAAAGCGCUGAAGAGUUUUACACCAAAACUGACAGUUCCGAUGAUUGCGAAUUCGAUGGUUUAUUAAAACACAGCAAAAACGUAGCGUUUAAAAACGAGGAAAAGUCCCAAUUAAUUUGUUAUAAAGAUAAUAAUAAAACGAUAACAAUUAAAAAUGAUUCUAAAUUAACUAAAUAUAACACUUUUGAUAUGAAAUGUCCGAGUAAUAACGAAAAUAAACGCGGAAACAUUAUUAAAUAUAAAUCGUUAGAUGGUUCGGAACACCCAAGAACAAUCGUAAAGUAUUUCGACUCACAAAGUAACGUUUCAAUAAACGCUAAAGAUUUCGAUUCAGAUUUUAGGAGAAUUAAAUACGAAACAAUUAACACAAAGAAAUCGUUAACGAAACACGACAUAAUUUGCGAUACCGUUGAUGCAUGGUCGAAAAAGCCUUUAAAUGUUGGUAAUAAAAACGUUUUUUCAAAUAUCCGAAGUUCUAUUUUUAAAGGAUCUCCGCCUGAUAAAGAAAUCGUGCGUUAUAAGCCAUUAAUUUUCGGUGGAACUUACCCGAUUGAUGCGCCGUUAAAAAGUUCAACCAAAUUUGAUGAAAAAUUAAUUGACUUUGAGGUUAGAAACGAGCCGAAGAAAAUCGUCAAUUUAGGAAGUAAUCAUUUGUAUAGAAUUCCGAAAGUGCGCGAAUACGGACCUGCUAAAAGUUUCGACAUCGAUAUUCCAAUUUAAGUUAAUUAAAAUGAUUUAAACAAGAUUCUUUUUGGAAAAGUUCAAGAAUCAUUAAGUGGCUUAAAAAUCGAGGGUUUUUUUUAAUCAAUGUGAAAUGACCCA